UAUUCUCAUCUUUUCUUUCCUAUACUUUCCAUAAGAUGCAACACGCGCGGAAGUUGCCAAGAAGUCCCUCCUCCAUCAUCAUCCACGAUCUAUCUGCAAUUAGUUAUACUUUACGUUCAAAAUGACUUCUUCCAACGCAUCACCGGAGCUCAUCUCCUCUGCUUCCUCCUCCAAUUCCUCUUCUUUACCCUCUCAAUGGAGUUUUGAUGUAUUCUUGAGCUUUCAAGGUGAAUAUACCCGUAAUAAUUUUACUAGUCAUAUUUAUAGUGCUUUGGAUCAAAAGGGAAUCAACGCUUACAAAGAUGACAAGCUUAGAAGAGGUGGAGAGAUUUCACCUGCACUUUUAGAGACCGUUGAAGAGUCAAAGAUUUCGAUCAUUGUAUUUUCUGAAAAUUAUGCAUCAUCUACAUGGUGUUUGGAUGUGAUGAAGAUCCUAGAGUGUGAAAAAUCAAAACAACAGGAGGUUUUACCAGUAUUUUACAAAGUCGAGCCAUCGACAGUACGACACCAAACAAAUAGUUUCAAAGAAGCGUUGCCUAACCAUGAAGACAAGUUCAAGGAUGAUGCUAAAGUUCAGAGGUGGAAGAUUGCCUUAAAACAAGCUGCCGAUCUAUCCGGUUUUCAUUUGAAGAUCAAAGAGUAAUUCCAACAACUCUUAUCCCUCUAUCAAUUCAUAUAUAAUUUAGUUUUGAUCGAAUUACAUACUUUGAAGAUAUAUAUAUAUAUAUAUUUAUUUAUAGUGAGAAGCUGUAAUUCAGUGGAAGGGAGGAAUUUU